UUUUCAGUUUGUCAUCGGUGCUUCCCUUCUCUGACUGAUUCCGCCUCUUCCUCUCAAUCCACUUCUGCAACCAAGCACAUCCCAACGCUCAAACCACGCACCUCGGUGUUUGGCUGCAGAACCCGGAAACAAGACAUCCCACCCAUCCAUCCAAUCUCACUCACGCUCACGCCCGGAUAUUGCCUCUCCUUUGUUCGAGCUUGUGGAAACCAUACACUCCAUCGCCCAAGAUGCCAACAGCAAUGGCUUCCAACGAGUCCUUCAAGGUCCACAAAUUCUCUUCCAAACUGCCAGAAGCAGAAGCUGCUCGGCAAAGAGAGAACCAGCGGCGUCAUCGGGCAAGAGUGAAGGGUAAAAUUGCCGAGCUCGAAAGCUCUCUAGCUGACACCCGCGAAAGGCUCGAUGCAGCUCUCAAGCAUAUCCGAGAACUUGAGGCCGAGAACCAGAGACUCCGUGAAGCGUCCUCUCCUUCAGUCUACACUCCGGAAUCCCGGGAUGAGUCACCUGCAGAGCAGCUCCUCUACAUAAGCCAAAGUGGACAUGAUGGCUACCAUUACUCUCAGCCCCGGUCACACCAGUUCGAGCCACAUCAACCGCCACGGCAACUUCAACAGCAACAUCAUCACCACCGACAGCCCCCCGUAAAUGGUCUGGACAUCCUAGCCAGCAUUUCGUCCAGCGAAAGUGCAGUACCAACGCGCCACCGCACCUAUCACCCCCACGAACUAGACUGUGCUCGAAAUCUAGCCUCCCUACCAAGCUACGAACCCACACCCAUAGCCUCUCCCAGAGACAUGUCCCCCAUUGCCGCUUUACUCUCCAUGCCUACCGCAUCCCAGAGAGGCCAGGCAACCGACUUUCAUUCGCCCUCCGCCACCACCAUCUCCGCCAGCUCUUCGACCGAGUCGCCAGGCCGGACCUCGGUCUUUGACUUCAACAGCAGAAGUAGUAGCUACUACCACCCGUCCUCGACCUCGAAUUCACAGUCCUCAGUGGACUCACACUCAAACUUCCAGGACAAGAUCGGCGAACUCAUUAGUUGUCUGGAUGACCAUAUCGAAGACGAUGACGACUUGGUUCUGCCGGCUCCUCAACCCGGUGAAUCCACCAUGCCCUGUCGAGAGGCUUUUUCCAUUGUCCGAAAGGUGCAGACGACCAGACCUGAUUAUUACUACGAUGCGGACUGCCGUGAGGUAGAAAACGUGGCGAGGGAGCAAUGGAAACCAGGGUUUCGAAGCGCUAUUGAGCCUGGGUCAGGAUGUCGGGUGCAGACGCAUUUGGUCUAUGAUUUUGUUGAUCACAUUACUGGGCCUUGAUCCCUCGACGAUCGGUUGACUUGAAACCGAGGGACAGGAGGGGUGAUCAACAUGGUCACCUCCGGAAAUGCAGAGGAUCUAUACAUCACCGAGGGAGAACUAAUGAGGGCAUGACAAGCGGUUAGCUGCCCUUUUAUUUUUCUCCGAAGCUUGAGGUUUUUCUUUUCUUUCUUUUGGGCACUUCACC